CCGCCCUCUUUUCUUUCUUGAACCCGUCGCCGGUUCGUGAAUCCGGAAGUAGACUGCCAAAACAACAGCGCCACGGGACCAGGACAGACAGGACCUAAGCAGGCACUUGCUCACAGGCAGAAAAACGCUAAAUUCACGACUUGGGGGAGGGGGGCGGGGUUCCUGGCAGGAGCCCUCUAGGCGCAUGCUCAGAGGCGACCUCCAGGCCAGGAGGAGGGGCAGGGUCGUUCAGAACCCUGUGCGCCUGCGCUCUGGUGCAAGGUGGGGCCCCGGGCGCCCGCACUGUAGGGUGUUCGUUAGGGUAGGGGGCAACUGUCAACUGUCACCGGGACAGAGACGACAGUUACCGGCGGGAUGGCAACACCUUCCGCAGCCUCGGACUUGGCUUGCUCUGCAGCGCCCUCGCCCGUCGGGGGUGCCCAGGCGGCAGCGGCGGCAGAGGAGGAGGAGCGAGAGGUGGUACGGGUCCGAGUCAAGAAAUGUGAGAGCUUCUUGUCACCCGAGUUCCGCUCUUUUGCUGUAGAUCCUCAGAUCACCUCACUGGACGUGCUGCAGCACAUCCUCAUCCGAGCCUUUGACUUGAACGGGAAGAAGAACUUUGGCAUCAGCUACCUGGCGCGUGACCGGCUAGGACAGGAAGCUUUCCUCUCUCUCCUUUCUGAUUGGGACCUCAGCACAGCUUUCGCCACUGCCUCCAAACCUUACCUGCAGUUGCGCGUAGACAUUCGGCCCUCCGAGGACAGCCCAUUGCUGGAGGACUGGGACAUAAUUAGCCCCAAAGAUGUCAUUGGAUCCGAUAUGCUACUGGCUGAGAAGCGUUCCUCACUGACGACAGCUGCCUUGCCUUUUACACAAUCCAUCCUGUCUCAGGUGGGCCGUACAUUGUCUAAGGUCCAGCAGGUGCUGAGUUGGUCAUAUGGGGAAGAUGUCAAGCCUUUCAAGCCCCCUCUGAGCGAUGCUGAGUUUCACACAUACCUGAAUCACGAAGGCCAGCUCUCCCGUCCUGAAGAAUUGCGUUUGCGGAUCUAUCAUGGUGGUGUGGAGCCUUCCCUUCGAAAAGUGGUAUGGCGGUACCUCCUGAAUGUGUACCCAGAUGGGCUGACAGGCCGUGAGAGGAUGGACUACAUGAAACGAAAGAGUCGCGAGUACGAGCAGCUCAAAAGCGAGUGGGCCCAGCGAGUGAACCCUGAGGACCUAGAAUUCAUCCGCAGCACAGUCCUCAAGGAUGUGCUUCGCACAGACAGAGCCCAUCCCUACUACGCGGGACCUGAGGAUGGCCCACACCUACGGGCCCUACAUGACCUGCUUACUACCUAUGCUGUUACCCAUCCACAGGUAUCAUACUGCCAGGGAAUGAGUGACCUGGCAUCGCCCAUCCUUGCUGUCAUGGACCAUGAAGGGCAUGCUUUUGUAUGCUUUUGUGGCAUCAUGAAGCGUCUGGCUGCCAACUUCCAUCCUGAUGGUCGUGCCAUGGCCACCAAGUUUGCCCACCUCAAGUUGCUAUUGAGACAUGCUGACCCAGACUUCUACCAGUACCUACAAGAAGCAGGAGCUGAUGACCUUUUUUUCUGUUACCGCUGGUUGCUGCUGGAGCUUAAGCGCGAAUUUGCCUUUGAUGAUGCUCUCCGAAUGCUAGAGGUCACCUGGAGUUCACUGCCCCCUGACCCUCCUGAACAUGAAGUGGAACUUGUUGGACCUCCGAGCCAAGUGGCAGACACUGGCUUUGGUAGCCACAGGGGACGGCCAGUACGUCAGAGGCACAUGCUGAGGCCUGCUGGUGGAGGAAGCAGUGCUUUUGAAGAUGCUGUUGUCCACUUAGCCACAUCUAGCCAGGGACCCAGUGGUGGGGGACGUCUCCUGAGACAAGCCAGUCUGGAUGGUCUCCAGCAACUCAGGGAUAACAUGGGCCCCAGGAAGGACUUUCUAGUCCAACUAGCCCACCCAGCUACCCUCAUUAGCUCUAAGUCCCUCUCUGAGCCCUUGCUAAACUCCCCAGACCCACUCCUCUCCUCCUCUUCUCGGCCUGAUUCCCCAUCUUCUUCAUCUCCUCCAUCUACCCAGGAGGCUUCUCCUUCUGGUGACAUAGCUGUAGGAUCCCCCUUGAUGCAAGAUGUAGGAUCUCCCAGAGAUCCUGGGAAGUCCCUACCACCCCCACCUCCAAUGGGCCUUCCCCCACCCCAGGAGUUUGGCCGAGGGAACCCAUUCAUGCUCUUCCUCUGCCUGGCUAUCUUGCUGGAGCACCGUGAUCACAUCAUGCGCAAUGGGCUGGAUUACAAUGAGCUAGCCAUGCAUUUUGACCGCCUGGUGCGAAAACACCAUUUAGGGCGUGUCUUGCGCAGGGCCAAGGCUCUCUUUGCUGAUUAUCUGCAGUCUGAAGUGUGGGACUCUGAAGAGGGGGCUGAGGCCACAGCUCCAUCUUGAUUGUAAUCCUUCCAGCUUUCCAACCCCAUUGGUACUCCAUUCUUUGUCUUGAGGGUCUACACAGGGCAUUAUUCCCUGCCUGCCAUCCCCAGACAUGUUGAAGCCUGGGGCCCUCUCACUGGGUUUGAGUGUGUGUGGCUCAGUGUUGGCAUUGCCCAUGGAGGCUAUGGCCUCUUCUGCUUUUGUUGUUUUGUUUCUAAACUAUACUUUACACACACAAAAAUCACUGUGGCACGUGUAUUUUUCUACUUCCUGGAUAUUAUAGAAGUUACUGUGGGCUCUUUGGUUGACGAGACUGAAAUAACUCAAUUGAUUUAGAGUGGCUCCUGCUUUCUCUGCCACAGGGGAGUAGCUGUUGAAAACCAGGUAUUGGUGAACCCGAACCCAGCCCAGGAACUGCUCUAGAAAAGGCUAAAUCUUAUGUUUGUUUUAUUGCUUGGUUGGUUUUGAGGGUAUAUCUGCCUUUCUAGAAUAUAAAGGUCUAUUUGAUAUCUGUGAAUGUUAUCUCAG